AUUUACAGUUUUAUUGGGUUCUUUUUAUUUGAUAGUUUUAUUUCUUAUAUCUCCUGGUGUUUAUAAUGCAUGCUUACUGUUUCUUACAUGUGUUUGUUUGUCCACUGCUGGAACACGCACUGUCCUAUCUUAGGAGACUGCAAAAUAGUUGACUUAGAAAAGACCGUGGGUAAGAAAGAGUAAGACAGUAAGUUCACAUUUGUUCGCGUUCACAUGGCGACUGCAUAUGCUAAGCUUGAUGCAUAGUUUAAUCAGUGUUGACCUGUGAUGUCAAUGAUUGACCAAGUCUCUAACUAUUAGUGCCGGUUGCUAAGAGCCUAAGGAGCUAGUUUGGAUACAUGUCUAAUGUGAGCUGAUGUGCACAUAUGAAUAAAUAUAUAUCUGGGAGGCAUGACUGCAUAAUAAUGCCAAAACAAGAGGACAUUUUAAAUGAUUUAUAAUCGGUCAAUCUGUUUUUGUCUUUUCUUUUGUUUGGCACAAGUUGAUUCACAGAGAUGAUUGUGAUUGCUCACUGAAUGUGAAAUGAGAGAAUUUAAAUGCAGACUCACAUAUUCUUUUCUUUUCCUUUCCUGUCUGUUCAGACCUUUUCACUGGUCGUCUGUGUACCUGUUUUCACAUGCAGCUCUCACAGGUGAAGCUCGCUGGUAUCCUGAAAAGAUGGUGGGACUGAGAAACCGUUCUACAUGGGAACCAUUGCUCCUAAAGGCCUCGUGCAUCAAGUCCUGUGCCAACGGCUGCUCACUGGGCAUCACUGCACAGCUCACCUAUGCCAAUGCUGACCUGGAGUCAGUAGAAGGGGUGUUCGUUUACCCUCUCGGGGAAAGGGAGGUUGUCGUGGGCUUUGAGGCUUCUGUUGCUGGCCGACUAGUGGGUGUCCAGAUAGAGAGUCGAGGGAAGCUGAAGGACUGCUGUUUGGACUGUUGCCCUGGAUCUGGUCUUGAAACACACUGUCGGGAGUGGGGCUGUUGUGGAGGCUCCAGCCAUGAUAUUCAAUGUACCAAUGGGCAUCUCAUCCUGGAUGAAGACCUUGAAAGAACCACCUUCAUCGUGGGCACAGGCCUCAUUAGCCCCAUGGACAUCGUGUCCAUUGUCAUAAGCACCACGCUCGAACUCCCCACGUUGGAAAAUGGAGCGAUCCACAUCGUCUACCCGUCGUUACUCACUCCAGUUGUCACUGGUCAGAUGUCGUCAAGCAAGAGUGAAAAUGGGGGGAAAUUAGAGGAAACUGGAGCAACCAGCUGUUUCGGUGCCACCUCAGGAAAACAAGAUCGAAUCCUAGACUAUGAUCAGCAGUGUGCCCACGCCAUCUUCACCAGUCCAGCUGCCAACCUGGCUCCGUAUGAGCUCAACUUCCAGCUGCUUGUCAGAGGGGCCUGCCUGCUGGCCGGACUAGAGAGCCCCACUCACGCUCUGAGGGCAGACGCAGACCCCAGUGCCCAAAGUGCCUCAGCCACCUACAUCACUCUGGCACAAGAGCAUCAAUAUGACAGACACAUAGAGAUCAUUCUGCACCUCAGUGAACCUCACAGCCCGUUGGUCAUCUUAGAGAGAGGCAGACUCUCCUUCAGGCAGUAUGAACAGCAGAUGUGGUCCCGCCGUGAUUUCGUCCGCUGCGCCCGCAAAGAUUCUGAACCCGAGAGGAAGCUGGAGUUUGUAAGGAAGCGGUAUCAUAAGGACAUUUUGAGCAGCCCAGUUUUGAUGCUCAACUUCUGUCCUGACCUGCUGUGUGAACCUCCCGAGCUGCAGAAAGCCACCAGGGAGCUGCUGUUCCUUGUCGAUCGCAGCGGCAGCAUGAGUGGCACCAACAUCCAUCGUGUUAAGGAAGCCAUGGUGGUGGCACUGAAGAGCAUCCCUUCUGGCUCCAUGCUCAACAUUGUGGGAUUUGGCACCACCAUAAAGCCUCUGUUCACCUCCAGCAAGCUCUGCACUGAUGUCACCCUUAUGCAGGCAUAUGAAUAUGUCCAGAGGAUGAGGGCGGAUAUGCGAGGCACCAACCUCCUGGGGGCGCUGUCCUGGGUGUACCAGCAGCCCAUGCAGCGCUCAUAUCCUCGCCAGGUUUUCAUCAUUACAGAUGGAUCCAUUGGUAAUGUAGCCAAAGUGCUGGAGUUGGUCCGCAGAAACACGUGCACUGGCAGAUGCUUUGGUUUGGGCCUUGGUCCUCGAGCCUGCAGGCGUCUCCUGCAGGGCGUUGCCAAAUUAACAGGGGGGACCACAGAGUUCUUGGACGAGGAGGAGAGACUCCAGCCCAAGUUAAUCAAGUCCUUGAAAAAGGCCUUUGAACCUGUGCUCACUGACCUGCGGAUUGACUGGUACUUGCCUGAAAACAUGGAGGCUCUUCUUUCGCCCAAUGAAAUCCCUCCGCUCUAUGCUGGGAAUUGCCUGAUUGGAUACUGUACCCUGUAUGAUAUGACAGGUUUCAAAGCAAAAAGGACAGAGACUCCUGGUCAAGGCUAUAAAGGUGUUUAUCGUGGCUCCACUGGGUCUGUUUUUGGACAAUCGAACGAUGAGCUUUCACCUCCUACCUCCGAAUUAAUGCCUGUGGUGACGUGUGCAGAUGGCACUGACUUAGAGGAGGCACUGAGGGAAAUUUCAAGAGAGAUAUCCUCUGAAUUCUCUUGUGCCAAAGACACAGACCCUGGAAUCAGUCCAGGUGUAGACCUGGACUGGUCCAGUGAUGUGAGGAGGAGGAUCCAGGAGAGCUCUUACAUCCAGGAGCAGUAUGUCCUCACUCGCUGCUCCCUCAGUAGUGAGCGGAGUCUACACACACAGUCCCACUCACUCAUACCCGCCUCGUCAAACACUGACUCAGCAGCAGGCGGUGACCCUCGGUCCUCUGGUUCAGUGCUGGAUACAGGGUCUCUACCCCAAGGCCUUGAGGAGAUGCCCACUCCAGAACAGAGGUCAUCCUUGUCUCGCUGGGCAGACUCAGCAUGGCAGCAAAACCUCUCAGUUUUUCCUGAUAAUGGAGCAAAAAAGAGUGUGCGCCUGGAUGGUGGUGACGAGUGUCGAAAGAGACAAAAAGCUCUGGCCCGUUCAACCAUGGCCGCACGGAGUUUCUCCUCCCCACAGGGUGAGUUGGAGAUGCAUCGCCUACGGCGAGCUCUGGAGAGGGUCUCCUUUGACCAAACGCUGGGAGGCCGACUGGAGGAAAGUGAUGGGGAGACAAAGCCCCCAUCAACGAUGUCCCGCAGAAGCCUCACUGACUCUAAUGGUCUCCUGUUCCCCGCCUCUCCUUUGGACUGGGACAGCUUCACAGAUCCAGAGUAUCUCUUCACUGCUGCUCACUCAGAGGAUCCCCCUCCAGGUCAGUGCCGCUCACUCAUUCACGGCAUGCUCGGUGGCAGGCCUGUAUCAUGGGAGGUGACUGUUGACCUGGGUCACCUCUGGACUUCUGAGGACCAGGAGACACCAGAGGUUGAGGGAGGCAGAGGUGGAGGAGGAAGACGAGAGGAGCCAUGGGAAGAGAUAAUUCACCAACUGACUGCUCGUUCAGUGAUAAGAGACUUUGAGAAAAUGGCAGAGAAGGAGAGUGACAGUGGACAUGGGUCAGCUAAGCGAUAUCGUAUGAAAGCUAUCCAGACCAGCAAGCACUGCAACAUCAUCUGCAUGUACACGGCCUUCACUACUACUGACAGCAACCUCAACAAGGGCCUGCCAGACAGCAUGGAUGUCAAAAACACAGGGAUGCAUUUGGGGAACAGGUGGAGUUCCCAGUCAAGCAGUCGCAGGCAGCGAGCUUAUUCUGCAGGUUUGGGCAGAAGGCGUUCCAGCAGAGACAGUGAAGAGAUGGAGGACACCUGGAACUCCACAGACAGAGAUGACACUCCUGCCUCUCCCUGUAGCCUUACAUCCUGGGACGCUAAUACAGGGGGUAAUGUCCACUCUGCUACAGCCCCAGCAAUAGCAGGUGCCUCAUACACUCGCUCACAGCGAUCAAUAGAGAGCAAGUCAAUGGAGAGCUUCUUUGGCACCAGGUUCCCACUUGGCAGACUCAGGUCUUCUAUUUCAUCAGGAAAGCAGAUUCCUCUCAAGUCCCACUGUCUGUCUGCAGAGACAGAGAAACAACCUGAAACAGAAGCCCCAGACUACCUGCCUCUGGUGCGCCUGCAGCUGGCAUCAGGAGCCUUUCUGCUGACGGAGAUCUACUCAGAAUGUGUCCAGAUACCACUGGACCGCCUAAAAAGGGCUUCACCCUACAGCCUCCACCGCCGCAGCCUCAGCCCACCUUUCCGGUCUACAUCUCCCAGUGCUCCAUCUUUAUCCACCUCCUCAAAGCCCUUUGUUACUCCCUCUAGUCACCAUGUUACCUAUUCUCCUUCCUCCUCCUUUCUCGCCAAGUCACCUGCACCUUCUUUCCACCACACUCCAGACAGCACUCCCCUGAUGCUGGAGCCAAGGCUUCGCCGAAGACACCUGUCUGACCGAGAGCCCGUCACGUCACAUCCGGACCUCCCCAGCUUGGAGGAGGGCUCUCUGGAGGAAUCUACUGGCCUCUACCAGAGCCAGAGGUACGGCCAAGCAGACAGUGGUCGUGGAUCGGAGACAGAUGUGUGUGAAUGCUCUUCAAUAGAGCCUGCUGACCUUCAGGUGAGCUGCCAGUUGGCUCAAGACGACAUAGAGGGCUCGAGCUGGGCCACAGCCGUGGCUCUAGCGUGGCUCGAGCACCGCUGUGCUGGCUUUUUCAUGGAGUGGGAACUGGUUGCAGCAAAAGCAGACUUCUGGCUGCGCUGCCAGGAGCUGCCCGAAGGAGUGGACCUGGCGGGUCUGAAAGGAGCUGCCAGACAGCUGUUCCUGCUGCUACGCCACUGGGAUGAGAACAUCAAACUCAACAUGCUGUGUUAUAAUCCCAAUAACAUGUGAGACAACCAUGUGAAAACUCGAGACCGAUCAGAUUUACAUAUACUCAUUUGUUACUUAUGAUGGCGACUCCAAAGUAAUGCUGCCUUUACAGUGGAAAUGGAAAUCUUGUCUUUUACCUGCAGGGACCACUAACCCCAUAACCUUUUAAUAUUGUGUUGCACAUGAAAAAUGUUACUGACGUAGGAUUUUUAUCAAUAUGACAAAACAAUCCCUGACAUCAACCAAGAGGCCUUUUGUUAUACUCAUGAUUUAUGCAAUCACAAGAAUGCCUUGAUCACCUGAAGGAGCAUUUGUAGUCUCAGUUUUAGCUUUCAGUCUAAUCACAUUCAUGGAGUCGGAUGGAAACAAUUCUCAUUAUCAGGGAUAAUUUGAUAAACUAUUGAAAGACUACUUUAAUGAACCGAUUGUUGGGAAAAUAAUAAUAAAAAAACAUGCUGGAAUUUAACUUGUCGUGACGCGUAACAAACCCAUGUGUUAAAAAGAAGCAGCGAAUAGCAA